AUGGCAAUCGAGAAAGCGAAUGCGAGCUUUCCGGUGACCGGGCUCGAUAAUCAGCCAGCUAGUCAUGGAAACGAAAAAGGCAACGCCGCUAUUGACAGCACCUCAGAUUCGGGACAUACUUCUGAUGAGGAACGCAAUACUGGGGGCUUGUCCGGUGUCGAGAGGAUCGAAGCCACGACAAGGGCUUGGACAAAGCCAUGGCUCAUCGUGGCAUACACGUUUAUCUGGCUCGUUUUCUUCACAGACUCGCUGCAGCAGCAGAUAUCUGCAUCACUGGUUCCAUUCGUGACGAGUAGCUUUGGCCAACAUGGACUGCUUGCAACAACGAGCAUCGUUUCAGUCAUUGUUGCUGGAGUGGCCAAACUACCGUUGGCCCGCAUCAUGGACGUGAUUGGAAGAAAUGAAGGUUUGAUCAUCAUGCUUGCUAUCACGGUCAUAUCCCUGAUCCUGAUGGCCACCUGCGGCAAUGUUCAAACCUAUGCUGCCGGACAGGUCUUCUACUGGACUGGUAUGAACGGCAUUAGCUAUGUGCUACAAGUUUUCAUUGCGGAUACUAGCAAGCUCAAGAACCGCAUGAUCCUCCUCGGGUUCACGACGACCCCUUACAUCUCCAAUACCUUUGCGGGCCCUGCUGCGGCUCAGUCCAUAUUGGAGGGAAGCACAUGGCGAUUGGGCUUCUGGGUGUUCUGCAUCAUCAUCCCUGCCAUCUGUGCGCCAGUGAUCUUCGUAUUUGCAGUCCACCUAAGGAAAGCAAAGAAGCUAGGCUUGAUCAGGGAGAAGUUCGACGCGGAAAGGAGUAGGACAUGGUGGCAGCUAAUCAAGUAUUGGGUGAUCGAGCUCGAUGUGCUCGGUGUCCUGCUCUGCGUUGCGGGGUUCUCUUUACUGUUGCUGCCCUUCAGCCUGGCUAGCUACCAGGGCGACAAGUGGAGAUCAGGCACGGUGAUCGCCAUGCUGGUCAUCGGAGUUCUGUGCUUGAUUGCGUUCCCAUUGUACGAAAGGUUCAUCGCGCCCAAGACAUUCAUCCCGUUCGCGUUAUUCAAGAACAGAAAUGUCCUUGCAGCCUCCCUGCUUGGUGGGAACACAUGGAUAUCCUUUUACUGCUAUAAGCUCUACUUUUCCUCUUAUCUGCAGGUAGUCUACGACUUGAGCGUCUCGGAAGCUGGAUACAUCGUCAACAUCUUCAACAUUGUGUCUUGCGCCUGGGCUGUGCCCGUGGGUCUUCUCAUUCGCUACUCGGACCGUUUCAAGUGGCUUGCACUCAUCUCUGUUCCUCUUUGGAUCUUGUUUACCGGGCUCAUGAUCAAGUUCCGCAUGCCAGGCACAAAUGUCGCAUACGUCAUAAUGUGUGAAGUCUUCACAUCUCUUGCAGGCGGCACACUCGCCCAGGUCCAGCAGAUCGCAGUCAUGGCAAGUGUUCCUCAUCGUGAUGUGGCCGUCGCGUUGGCCGUAUUGGCACUCGUCACCGCCGUCGGCGGCGCCAUCGGCCAGAGCAUCAGCGGAGCCAUCUGGACCAACACCCUUCCGGGGCUGCUCAGGAGCUACCUGCCUGAAGAUUUGAAAGCGAAUACGACUGAGAUCUACGGCGAUUUGACAACGCAGCUCGGUUAUGACUGGGGAAGCCCAGCGAGGGAGGCGAUUGUGAGGGCUUAUGGCGAGACCCAAAAGUAUAUGAUAAUUGCCUCGCUUGCCUCGUCAGCUGGGUCCUCGGUCUGGGUCUCCAUCCUGAAAAAUGAGCAUUUGAGUGAUAAGCAGCAGACUAAGGGCGUUUUGUUCUGA